UCGGCUGUAAUGAUUACCUAGUUACCCACUGAGGUGUAAUGGGGUGGUCAUGUGAAGAGGUCUAGCUAGCCAGCUAACGUGUACUGCAACAUCAGUCAACAUGGCUAACGUUAGCUUGCUAGCUAGGUUAUAAUGACAAUAAUGUUAACGUUAAAUGAAUACACACUACUAUAUAUAACUGGGUGGUUCGAGCCCUGGAUGCUGAUUGACUGACAGCCGUGAUGUAUCAGACCUUAUACCACGGUCCCCUAACCAAGGUGAAACUGAUCAAUGAGCUGAAUGAGAGAGAGGCCUCAUUGGGGGUGAAGGAAAAUGUGUCAUGGCACUCUGAGUAUAAGGAUAGCGCCUGGAUUUUCAUCGGUGGGUUUCCAUAUGAGCUGACGGAAGGUGACAUCGUCUGUGUCUUCUCUCAGUAUGGAGAGAUGGCCAACAUCAACCUAGUGCGUGAUAAGAAGACGGGUAAAUCCAAAGGCUUCUGCUUCAUCUGCUACGAGGACCAGAGGAGCACCAUCCUGGCUGUGGAUAACUUAAAUGGGAUCAAGAUAAAGGGGCGGACCAUCCGAGUGGACCAUGUGCUGAACUACCGCCCUCCCAAAGACAAUGAGGACAUGGAUGAUAUCACCAAGCGCCUGAGGGAGGAGGGCUGUGCCCCCAAACUACCUGACCCUUCAUCCUCCGAGUCCGAAGAAGAGGAGCAGUACGCCGUACCCGCGAAGAAGCCCAAGAAAGACAAGAAAGAGAAGAAGAAAAAGGAGAAGGCUCUGAAGGAGGAUAGGAAGCAGAGGGAGCGGCUAGCCCAGACUCACUCUGUCUCUCCCCCUAGGCCUGCCCUGGCAGUGAGGGUGAAGCAAGAGGAGGAGGACCUGGGCUAUGACAAGUACAGCCAGCGGGGGGUGCCAGAGGAGUGGCUGGGGGCCAGGGAAGAGAGACCAGGGCCUGGGGCAGAGCCACAGAACACACACAGGCAGGUAGACAGAGGGUUCCGAAAUCGCCAUGGGGAGAGGGAAGGAGAGCGAGAGAAGCCCAGGGAGGAUGAGAAGAGGAAAGAUGGAGGACUGCAGUUGGAGAGCAAGAGGACAGGCAGGAAGGAGAGAGAAAACCAAGACCGGGAUAGAGAGAGAGACAGAACUAGGGAGGGAGAAAGAGAGAGGGACAAUGAGAGGAACAGAGCGAGGGACUGGGACAGGGAGAAAGACAGGAAGAGAGAGACAGAAAGAGACAGGUCAAGUAAGCACAAAGAACACAGUCGGGAGAGAGACCAAAGGAGAAAGUAACAUUAGUGCCUUGAUUGUAGUCAAGACAACUGGACUGAGUGAAAUCUUAUUCUUUCCUUCACUAUAGAAAGUCAGCAGGAACUGGGACCAUGGAACUAAUAUGAUUGGUUGUUUUAUUGUUAGUAUUUGUCAUAAGCCAUAUCAAGCCUUUUGAUUCCAUAUUCUCUGUUAUGUGGAGACUGAGCCAAACAGUGGAUGACGACUUGAGUCAUGAGAACAUGGCCUGUUUCUACAACAGCAGCACAGUUCAAUCGGAAUUUUACCCUCAAACAGCUGUACAAUGCUUAAUCAGACAAUGAUUUACUGUUGUAAAUAAAAUGAAGUGUUUUUUUACAAAGAGA